GCUGAGUCGGACGAGAGUGUCAUUUUGGGUGAAAUCAUUUCCAAUUAUCUCAUAAAAUACUUAAGCGAAGACCAAAUCUUCGUUUCAAUCAUUUUCACUCCGUCCGAAAGAGAUCAAACGAAUUUUGAAAAUGAUUUCUUUGUAAAUUUGUUUGACGAUCCAGCCCUAACCGAAUUCGAUCACAAUGUUUUUAAUAAACUGAAUGAUAUAAUAGGCGAUAAUCGGAAUGCAUUUAAUAUUAUUUUAGUCGAUGGCAGUAAAAGACUUUCGGACAUUUUGAACGAGAAUACCAUCCAUGUGAACCACUUGUCUCAAAGAUUCAUUAUUGUGGUUACUGUUGAGGUUGUGCAGAAUAAUACAAAUUCUUUGAAUGAUAUUUUCGAAAUACUAUGGAGAAACAGCUUGAUCAAUUCACAUGUUCUGAUCCAAGAUCAACCACAAUUUUGGACACUCUACACGUUCAUGCCGUAUCAGAAGGACUGCUUCAAUUUGGCACAAAUCAAAAUCGAAUCUUUCACGCCAUUGAAUUAUACCGAAAAUAUAACCAUAUCGGCGGAUCAACUUUUUCCAAAGAAACUCACGAAUUUCCAUCAAUGCCCACUGAAUAUAGCAAUUUCAUUGGUUGAUCCAUUUGUCACUCUUCACAAUACUUCCGAUGUUUACAAUGGCAGUGCAGAAUUUGCAAUCGGCGGAUACAUUUUAUCAAAAGAGCGAGCCGAAUUAUUUACACCUACUAAUCCGUAUCUACAAGCUUCAAUUGGGUUUUGCUUCAGAGAAACCGGAGCAUAUUCACCGUUCACAAGGCUUAUGGCUCCGUUAUCACAACAAUCAUGGAUCGCAAUCUGUUCAAUUUUAAUUGCUUCUAUCAUGGUGAUAUUGCUAACUAAGCGACUAAGUAAGAAAUGGCGACAUUUUUUUAUUGGCGGUCGAACGAAUCGCACUCCGAUCUUAAACAUGUGGAAUUCGGUGUUGGGUAUGGCCAUUGCAAAUCGACGAAUCGCACGUGGACGUAACUUUGGUAACUUUGCUCGAACUUUGACCAUACUUUGGAUUUUCUUAUGGCUUAUCAUUCGAAAUGCCUACCAAUCAGCUCUUUACACAUAUUUACAAAGUCAUCCACUUACAUCACCUUAUGACACCGUCGAUAAGAUUCGUGGAUCUGAUUGCAAGGUAAUAACAACAGUAUCUACAUAUCAUGUAAUCAAAGACAUCAUUGAUCGAGAUCGCAUAAUAAUGACGUAUUCCGAUUUGAGUCGAACUAUUCAGUUUUUGUAUGAUCAAGAUAGCAAAGACACAGUUGCACUCGCAACGGACCUGAAUAAAAAGUCGUUUAACUUGAAGAACUCGCCUCAUCGACGUGUGGAAUUCACUAAAGAUAGAAUUUACAUGUACUCACCGGUGUUUUUCUUUCGUAAAAAGUCUAUGUUGACUCGUGUAAUUAAUCGUCAGUUACAAUUACUUCAAGAGGCUGGCCUGAUCAAUGUUUGGGUCGGAAAUCGCAUCGAUGAUCGUAAAACAAACUCCAAGUGCAGGGAACCAUCAAAACUUCGAAUGGAACAUAUCAUCGCCGCUUUUCAAAUCUGUGCCAUCAUGUACUUCGUCAGCUUUAUUAUUUUCAUUUUGGAGAUUAUUAGUGUGAGAUGCCGACGCAUACAAGUAGUUCUCGAUUAUAUGACUUAUUGA